AAUUAAUUUGAAAACAAGCAACAAUAUAUUUAGAAAGCAGUCGAAAUUUUCAGCAAACGAAAUUACGCGUAUUUGUUAAUCAGCCAGAGGAAGGGGGACGGACGAUCCCUCUUUGAGUUCGAAAGCGACGAUGAAUUCGCCGAUAAGCAAGCGAUGCCACCACGUGAUGGUGGCCCUAACAGACACCAAUCGAAGGUACCACCCCGAAUUGCUGGAGGGCACCAGCUUAGACGACGAAUUCAAGAUACUGGAUCGAAAAUCCGUGCUCCUGCGCAUGCCGAUGGCCUCCAAGUCGCAGCAGGAAGAAGUACCGCGCUAUUAUCGCCACCUGGAGUUCGAUGCGAUUGGCUUCGAGUGCGAGCCACAUGUGCGGGAGGAGCUGAGCGAUCUGGUGGGCGACAUGUUCCGGCAGCGCCGUCAUGGCUGUCUCCUGCGCCUGACUCCGCAUCGCACCAACAACAUGAACCUGUUGACGCGCCUGCUGGUCACGGAGGUGGACAGCAUAAUGCUGCUGUAUCGCUACCGCAUCAAAUGCAUCAAUGUGGAAUACUUCGACCUGCGGAAGUUCGACAUGGCCAACAUGCUGCUGCAGCCACGUUCAGCGAUGCAUCCGUCGAGUCGUCGUCAAGAGCAGAGCGGCCGCACCUUGCACAGCACUCGGGAGCUGUUGCAGUGGCUACUCAACGAUUUCCCCAACAUCCGGAGCCGGUCCGUGGGCGACGACUACAUCGACAUUCAGUUUGUAUUUCGCGAUGGCCUGCAUGCGGUUCGCCAGCUGCAUUUCACCCUGUUCCAGGUCUUUGGCUGUGAGGACCGCCAGGACAUGGCGGACUUCUUCAGGGCCCUGCCGCUGGGGAAGCAGAGCAACAGCACGCUGCUCACCGACUGCAUCAAGGAGUCGUUCGACUUUCAGCGUCCCAUCGGCACUUUGGUGAUGUUCGAGCUGCCGACGGGACGAGAAUCGCAGACGGCGAUGACCCGUAAGCUGUUGAAAUUGGCCGAUGUGGCCUACGUGUCCAUCGUCAAGGCCCACCAUGCAGCCACCAAUCCGAAGGCGCGAGCGAAGGCAGCACCAGCCUCACAGAGCUCCACGAAUCUACAGAAAAUCACACCGAGCUGCAGCUUCAAAAACUCCUUGCCGUCAGUGUCCAAUAUAUCCAACUCCUUGGUCCGUCGCGGGGGGAAACUCUCGGGCGAGGACUACAACAGCCUCGGCUACUGGUACAAUCGCAUCGACUCGAAGCUGCUGGAGCUGCAGCUCAGCAUGGAGGAGCAUUACAUGGCCCUGUAUCGCCAGAAGGGCUUGACGAUCUGCAGCGAACUCCGAUCCAUGGAGACCGACGAAAGCGCCGGCGAUGGCCAGCCCCAGCCAAUGGCCAGCAAUCGGGAGCAGGAGACGGCCUGCGCGUACACGGAGCUGCUGAAACAGUUCCGAAAGCUGGAGAUCGAUGUGAAGAAGACCAGCUUUGCCUCCACCCUGAACGUCUACAUUGGCACCAAGAACCACGAGCUGGCGGAGAUGGAGAAGGCGUGCAAGCUGAAAGCCAUUGCAAACAUGAGACUCACUUUGAUAGAGUUUAUGAAGCCAGAGUCGGAAGCGGAACCACACUCAAAUUAGGAGGAUUACAGCCAGAAAGACUCGGGGUUUUUCUAGGGGGUAUACAUAUAUAAUUUAAUAUACAUUUAUAUAUAAAUACAUACAAUAUUAUUGUCAACAAUAUGUUUCAUAGUAGUUUAAACAGAUUCCCCAGCUGCGGCUCCUAUCGUAGUAAAUGUGUAGCUUGAAUGCUAAAUAGGCAAUAAUACGAGUUAUACGAUUAACACUCUCCCAGGGGGAGGGGGGUCUGCCCCGUCAUAAAUGUAAAGACACCCAAAGCAAUCAACAACAACUAAUCAAUGCUGAAAUCAAUUCUACAAUUCGAUAGACAACAAUUUUCCAAUAUUUUCAAUAUCUCAUUACAAUAAUAUGUAUAUGUGGGAAUACCUAUGUAGUUCUGCUUCUCUAUUGGAUAUGUGAGGGUUGUAGGCAAUGUUGGAGGCCAAAAAGGUAGCUGGAUUUAAUCUGGAUUUGUACAGUUGUCACAGUAAAUAUUUUCUCUAAGAAAACGCUAUAUGAUAGUCUACUAUUGGGAAUGACGUUGAUUCGCUGUAUAUGUAAAUUACCCAUAAGCAAAAGGACUCAUUCGUUGAACACGAAAUGUUUUCCUGGGCAGAAUCUCAUUAAAAACGUUUUUGUCGAGGCACAUCAUAGUCUGAAUGUGCUGCUUAUGGUUUUAAACACAAAUUGUGGAAAUCAAAUUGCAGUGCCACUUAAGACUACACUAAAAAACGAAACGUAUCUUUAAAAUUAUAUCGUAUAAGCUUUAAAAUUAAUAGAUCCUUUUCUAAGAACUAA